AUGGCCGAAAUCUAUCAGAAAAAGGAGCUACUCCAGCUCAUGAGUACUGGAGCUAACAAGCUUUGUGUCGACUGCAACUCGCCCUCUCCGCAAUGGGCCUCGGUUUCGUACGGCACCUUCAUCUGCCUCGAAUGUUCUGGCGUUCACCGCGGUUUCGGCGUACACAUCUCCUUCGUCCGCUCAAUCACGAUGGACAAGUGGUCGGAAGAGCAGCUCAAGAAGAUGAGGAACGGCGGUAACGCCGCCUUUAAUGAGUUCAUGGACUCGUACGGCGCCGACGGGGGAUACACCAAGGGCAUGGGCAUGAGCGAAAAGUACAACUCGUGGGCGGCGACCCAGUAUCGUGACAAGUUGGCUGCGACGUGCGAGGGCCGCGAGUGGAGUCCGUCUCCGGCGCCAGCGGCACCCUCGAGGACCGCAUCGGCCCAGGCGACUCGGAAGGCGCGCGCAAGUGGUGUGGGGAGCGGCGUGGGGAGUGGUGUUCCCUCCCGCACCGCUUCGCCUUAUAAUGAUGCGCCAAAUGGGAACGAGGCGUAUUUCGAGCGAAUGGGGGCGACCAACGCCUCGAGGCCCGAUCAUCUCCCUCCUUCCCAGGGCGGCAAGUAUGGCGGGUUCGGGAACACGCCCGAGCCGGAUGCGUCGGCACAGCACCCUAGCUAUGGGUUGAGCAGUCGCGCUGCUCCGACACUCGACGAGUUCCAGCGUAACCCCAUGGGCGCGCUCACCAAGGGAUGGGGCCUGUUUAGCUCUGCUGUGGUAACUGCGAGUCGCGAGAUCAAUGAGAGCGUCGUCAAGCCUGGCAUGAGCCGCGCACAGGAAAUGUACGACCAGGGCGCGAGCGACGACGUCAAGCGCUACUUUAACCAGGCAGGGACGCAGGCGCGCUCAGCAGCCAACUGGGCCGGUACCCGGGCGGCCGACGGAUGGGACCAGGUCAACGACGUCGCGCGUAACCAGGCCGGCGUGGAUAUCAACGAACGCCUCGGGCGUAUGGGGCUCGGCAAGGGGAGCGCGCGCGAUCAGGGGUACGGGCAGGUGCCAACGCAUUCGCAAAAGGACGAGGACGACUUUUUUGACGCGUGGGACGAACCCGAGAGCAGCAAGACCACCAAUGCGCCGCUCUCGGGCCCGUCGACCGUGCCCAAGCCACCUGCGUCCAAGGCGGCCAAGAAGGACCAGUGGGACGACGAGUGGAAAGACUUCUAG